AUGGCGCUGGAAGUACAGCCGCCCGACGGUCGCAAACGAGUGAAGGUCUAUGAACUAAAAGACAAUGAUUGGUUUGACCGAGGGACUGGCUUCUGCACGGGUCAGAUCUUAGGAGAGGAGCCUCGUAUAUUCGUCGAAUCUGAAGACCUACCAAAUCGCGUUCUACUCGAGACGCGGAUCACCAAGGACGAUGGCUAUCAAAAACAACAGGAGACUUUGAUUGUUUGGACGGAGCAGAAUGGCACGGAUAUGGCGCUGAGUUUCCAAGAGGCAGAAGGCUGUGCGGUCAUUUGGGACUUUGUCAAUGCCGUUCAACAACAUCUCUUGAGUCUUACUUCGGCUGAUGAUGCCUUGUCCGACGACCUUGAUAGCUACCAGUCCAUCGUACUACCGGCCCCCGAACUCGUAAAUCUCCCCGAAAUCGAACAGGUUGUCCGAGCUGCGAGCAUGACACAGGGCGGUCGAGAUGCGUUAUCCAAAUACAUCAUUCGCGACGAAUACAUCGCCAAAUUGGUGCCACUAGUGACAAUUGCCGAGGAUUUGGAGAGCUUGGUCGAUUUGCAUCGUUUGUGCAAUAUCAUGAAAUCUCUCAUUUUGCUUAAUGACAAUAGCAUCAUUGAAACCGUGGUCGCCGAUCAUGUCAUCCUCGGGGUGGUUGGGGCGCUAGAAUAUGACCCUGAAUUCCCCACACAUAAGGCAAACCACCGACAAUACCUCGCAGACAAAUCGCGAUAUAAGGAAGUCGUCCCGAUCAAGGAUCCGCUUAUUCGCCGCAAGAUUCGGAGUACAUGGAGGCUGCAAUAUCUUAAAGAUGUGGUGCUGGCUCGGAUUUUGGACGACCCGACAUUUUCGGUGCUCAAUUCUCUCAUAUUCUUCAAUCAAAUGGAGAUUGUGAAUCACAUCCAAGCAAAUGGGCCGUUCCUGCGAGACCUAUUUCAAGUCUUCGACCCGAGAAAUCCGGACCAAAGGCGCAAGGAUGACGCCGUGCAAUUUCUUCACCAGUGUGCUGGCAUCGCGAAGAACUUGCAGGCACCAUCGCGGGCCCAACUGUUCGCCAAUUUUAUUAGUCAUGGCUUGUUUGCAGUGAUAGCAUUUGCCGUCAAGCACUUGAAUCCAGCUAUGCGCACAACUGGAAUUGAUAUCCUAGUGGUUCUGUUGGAUCACGAUCCAGUCAUGAUGAGAGGUUAUAUGCUCAAGGCUGUCAACGAGAAAAAGACACCACUCACAGACACCUUGAUUGACCUUCUUCAUGUGGAGACCGACCUUGGUGUCAAAAACCAACUUGCUGAUGCUAUCAAGGUCCUCCUUGAUCCUCAGAUUCCUAUGCAGGAUCCGCUUGGUCGGGCUGGACCCGAUUACCUCAAAGUCCGCACUCACAACCUUCUCUCUGAUGCAUUUGUUCAGCAACAUUUUGAUGAGUCCUCCAAAAGGCUUUUCGAACCGCUUAAACAGCUUGCAAAUCGCACAGCUCUUAAUGAUUUGACAUUCCAAGAGGUCACCCUCUACUCGCAUCUUGUUGAUAUCCUCACCUUCUUCGUCCGCCAACAUCUUUUCCGCACACGUAACUCUAUCCAGAGUGAAUCCCUCGCGCCUCGCGUUGCACAGCUUUUGCGGGUACCCCAGAAACACCUCAAACUCGUCGCCCUCAAAUUCUUCCGCACCUUGAUCAGCCUCCAAGAUACCUUCUACCAAGCUCUGAUGACACACAAUAACACUUUUGAGUUGAUUCUCGACAUUGUUUAUGAGACAAUGCCGCGCGACAACCUGCUCAACUCGGCCUGUCUUGAACUCUUUGAAUUUAUCAAGCGGGAGAACAUCAAACCUUUCAUCCUUCAUGUGGUCGAAAAAUAUCGCGAGAAGCUCGAGAACAUUGUUUACGUUGAUACCUUCCAGAGUCUGAUUCUUCGAUACGACCAGAUGCAGGGAUACGGAGCGGAGGUCGACACGGCGCUUUUCAGUCAGGAUGACAGUAAUGCUCCGCGCAGAAUUCCCCUUAAUGGUCAGCGUUGGCAGGGAGCAAGAGAGAUGGACCCAGCAGAAGAAGAUUAUUUUAACACGUCCGACGACGAAGACGAGUGGACACAGGACCGUGCAGCCACUACUGAUGAAGCUUCAAGCGAACCCCUCUCUGCGGUCGUCAAACCAUUGGUUGACUACCCAGAUGACGACGAGGAGGACAUCAUGGAUACCAAACCGGAAGGAGCAGAACAACAGUCAGUGGCCAAGCGACUUGCAGAGAAGCGUCGCCGCGAAGAAGAGGACGAUGAUGAGCUUAGCAAGCUUACUGCGGGAUCGGGACCCAAACGAAGAAGUUCAACUAGCAGCAAUUCUGGCGCCUUCAUCAUCAACCGGAAAAACUCUGCCAGCUCAUUGACAGACAAGAAUGCCUCACCGGCUGCUCUUAAUAGGGUCACCAGCACCGCGCCCAAGAGAAUUGCCAUCAAUAUUGGAUUAACGGCCAAGCCCCUUUCAGAAACGGACAACCGCACAGAAGUGAUGAGCGAAAGCUAUGAGAAGGAGAACCGCGACGAUAGUCAGGGUAAUGAGGGUGGAUAA